UAUUUUGAAUUAAGUUGUGUAAGACAAGAUGUUGUGCAACUCAAUCAAGGGGGCUCUUUUCUUUGUAGUCCUAACAUCUUUUUCACAUCAUGGAUUUUUCAGGACAUUGAUUUGAUUGACAUCCUGUGGCGACAGGACAUCGACCUUGGCGCAGGACGGGAAGUGUUCAACUAUAGCAGUCGCCAGAAGGAGAGUGAGGCGGAAAAGCCCAGCCCAGAGGAGGAGGAAAGAGCAGAGGCACAGGAGAGAUGGAGGAAUGGAGUGAACCUUCAAGAGGCUCAGCCUGUGGAUGGAGAGACCGGGGAGAGCAUACCAGAGCAGACCCCAGGCCUUGGCUCUCAGACCUCACUGUCCCUGCAGGAAUGCCUAAGGCUGCUGGAGGCCACCUUCCCUUUCGAAGAAGAAUCUCCUGAGUUUCCAGCCCCUGUAGUCACAGCUGAGCUUGCGGUGGCCAAUGAAGAAGCUCCAUCCACAUCUCGGGCCCUACCACUGCCUCCCCCGUUGCCCCAGUUGGACCUGGAGCAGCAGUGGCAAGACAUCAUGGCUAUCAUGGAACUACAGGAAAUGGAGGUUAAUAACACCUCAGAGAACUCCUUCCUCAGCACUACUUCCAACAGUACCAAUACCAGUGGCAGCACAAGUGAGUCCGGCUCAGUUGGAAGCUUUGGACUUACUCGUUCCUCCACCCUUAUUCACCAAGAUGUCAGCCUUCACCAGGCCUCCCUCCCUAGCUGCAGCCAGGACUUUCCCACACUUUUCAAUCCAGAGAUGGAUGCCACUAGCACCCCACGGACCCCCUUGCUUAGAAUGUCCUCCAGCAACUCCUCCAACGUCAACUCUACAUUCGGAGCCACCAACCUGACUGGACUCUUUCUUCCACCGCCUCUGAACAGCACCAACAACAUCACUUGCACUCCAGUGUUGCCUGAUCCCUUCAGCACUCUGCUGGAGGAGUCUAUGCUAGAUGAGAUCAGUCUGCUGGACCUGGCAAUGGAGGAGGGCUUCAACCAGGCCCAGGCCUCUCAGCUGGAGGAUGAACUCGACUCGGACUCAGGCCUCUCCCUAGACUCCAGUCACAGCCCGGCCUCCCCGAGCAGCUCUGAGACCUCCUGCUCCUCCGCCGCUUCCUCCUCCUCCACCUCUGCCACCUUCUCAGAGGAAGGGGCUGUGGGAUACAGCACUGACUCGGAGUCAGCUGUCGUGGAACCAGAAGAAGGUGCUGUGGGGGGCUACCAGCCCGAGUUCAACAAGCUCUGCCGCAUGAGCUACCAGGACCCCUCCCAGUUCCACGGGCUCCCUCAGCUCGACAACAUCAACCACAAUCACACCUACAAUUUACCACUGUCUUCAUCGUUCGAUGAACACCUAGAGCUACCAAUUCCCACUGGCAAGAAAAUGGGCCGUGAGAAGCAGUCAAAGCUUAAGCCCCAACAGGACUUCCUGGACAAACAGUCGAGUCGCGAUGAGCGACGGGCUCGGGCCAUGAAGAUCCCCUUCUCAAACGAGAAGAUCAUAAAUCUGCCUGUGGAGGAGUUCAACGAGCUUCUGUCUAAGCACCACCUGAGCGAGGCCCAACUGGCCCUCGUCCGCGACAUUCGUAGACGUGGCAAGAACAAGAUGGCGGCCCAGAACUGCCGCAAGCGCAAGCUGGAUACCAUCAUCAACCUGGAGCAAGGGGUGCAUGACCUGCGUCGUGACAAGGCGCGGCUGCUGAAGGAGAAGAUGGAGUUUAUUCGCUCCAUCCGCCAGAUGAAGCAGAAAGUGCAAAGCCUCUACCAGGAGGUGUUCACCCAGCUUCGGGAUGAGGAGGGCCAGCCCUACCCCCCCAGCGAGUACUCACUCCAGUACAGCGCCGACGGCAGCGUUCUGAUCAUGCCCCGCACCAUGACAGAUCAGCAAACCCGUAAGCCCGAAAAGAAACAAAAGGACAAAAAGAAGUGAGGAGGAAGCUGUUGCCUUUUCUUUCAUUUAGCUAAAAUCACUAAGAAAUAUUUCUGCAGAUGCAAGAGAGGUCUUUUUUCCUUUGAGAAGAUUCUUGUGAGGAGAAGCUGCAUUGUUGACUACUUUUCCUGCAUUAGGUUUUUUUCCUUUUCUUUUGUGGUUCCUGUGUUUUCUCUGGGAAACGACUUUGAAGCAGAAGUUCUUAAUUUGAGUACUGAAUUUUCAUUGUUUGGGUGGAAAAAAAGGAACAAACAAGGAAAAGAAGGGGUUGAAAGAUUUCUCUGGAUCUUUGGCACCAGGCCAUGAUGUUAUUACUUCAUGUUAGGAAGUGAAGGGAGUGGUAUCAACUGAAGUCAGAGUUAAAGGUAAAACUAACAUUAAGUCAACAUGAAACUGGCUGUAAAUUCCGGUCCAUUGUUAGUCAGCUUUGAACGGAUUGUUAAACCAGUUUUAUUUGCUUGGGCCUUGGAGUGAUUGAUGGAGUGACUGUUCCUGGAGUAAGUAGAAGUUGCACAUGUUGAGGAGAGCUAAGACAGGCCUGGAGAUGUCAAAGGUUAAGAUACCAGUGGGGUAAAGCAAGUCCAUCAUCCAGGAUACCAUUAUCUUAACAAUACCGCCAAUACUAACCAAAUGUGUUGUGCACUUCACUUGUACUCGAAGCAAAUGUCUAGCUAGUCUGACACUGCACUCAUUCAAAAUGUGUUUAUUACAAAUACCACCGUUUUUGACUGGCCAUUGACUUUGAGUCCAUCUGAUGUAGAACUAGGACACUGGAACACAAAAGAGGCUUGGAGAGUGUUCUUGGGCUUGCCACGAUGGUGGAGCAUGACAAGUAUAGGAGAUGGAACGCUGAGGAAGAAGGCACACGCUGCGUUACAAAUGUAUCAGCUUCUGUAUAUCUAUAUAGCUCUGUAAUUUGUCCUUCUAAGGCUUGGCUGUAUGCAUCGUGCCGUGUCUCUGACUAUCUGUCUGCCGCAGGUUUAAGGAUGAGCUCUGCUGGUAGUCUUUUAGUUUUCCACACAUCCUCAUACUGUCCAGAAUAAGCUAGGUUAUAGGUCUAGCUUCAUCAUGUUGGGUCUACUCCCUGCCCUUAUUGCAUCACACACUGUGUGUUGUGCCUGUAACCACAUUGCAGGAACUUUACAGGCCAGGGAAUAUUGAUUUUGAUAGCCGUCUUUGCAGGAAGUAUUGUAUGAACUGCAACCCUGUGGAAGUGUCCCGUUUAUUACAAAUCAAAUGCACCCAUCUUUACUAUCAUUAAUAUUAGGUUGGUUUGCUUCUUGUAAGGUGAGUCGUUCGGCUGUCAAGUAAUUGCAGUGGUAGCCUUUGAAAGAGUUGUCAUUCUAUUUGAUAAGUUACCUGAAGCAAUGGACAAGACAGUUGAUGAAUAGCCUAGUUGUCGGCUUUAAUAGUCUACGGUCAUACGUGACAUUUAGAAUUGUAAACCAAUUGAAUCGAACUGAGAAGGAUAAUAUGUGAAGUGAGAGCCUUGUUUUCGAAUGCCUUUGUUUCACAUGCACAUUUCUAAAUUCGAGGGUUUUGAGAACAAAAGGUUAUUGGACUGUUAUCAGAACAUUAGAAGUGCUAUUGCCUGAGCUUAUGUGUUUUUUGGGGUCAAAUUGUGUUUUAGCAUGUACCCCUAAUCAAAAAAAGAUUAGGCCAUUUAUUAAUGCAGCAGAGAUAGCUGUUUAAAGAGAAUGAGUACAUUUGUGAACCCCAGAUCAACAGUGAAGGAUGGGAAAGAACUAAGUCGCUGCACUGAUGAAUGUCCUAUGUUCUUCUUCAUCCACAUAACUUUCAUAGUUCUUGUCAUCAUUACCCUCUGAGGGGAGCCAAAGUACAAAUACUUUUGCUUUUAAACAGAUGUUUUCAUGCAGUACUAAUUAUUUCGCAGGGGGAAAAAAGUUGCUGUCAAUUUAAAUGAAGAAAGUUGUUCGUUCUCGCACUUCAGAAAACAUUUGAUAUUUAAGACGUGCAAACGUUCACCUGCAUUGCAACACAAUGCAAAGCCCAUUUUUAAGUUAUUACUACUUAGUGCUGCUUUUGUUAAUGGUCUUGUUUGUUCUGUAAAUAUUUUCUCCUUUUGUCAUUCUUUUCUGUAGUUUGUCUGCAUUUUGCACAGCCCCUGCUUUGGUUAUUUUCUUUGGUUUACUUUUAAAUAUUUGCUGGCAAUCUGGGAUUGUUAUUUUAUUGAUUAAUAAAGUGUUUAUUUUCAUCUG